CAUCCGCCCGCCCCGGGGCAGCUACAGGCCCAAGGGAGGGAGGUGGAGGCCCCGGCCGCCGGUGUGCGGGCCCCACGUCCCAUCACCCCUGUUCCCGGGGAGGACGAGCCGAGGGACCGGGGAGGGAGGGACGGCCGCGGUGGCCCGGCGAGGGGGCGGUGCUCCGGGGCGGAAGGUUUGGAAGCGCGAGGGCAAAGGGCAGGACCCACUGAGUUGGGGCUGGGCUUUGUGGGGCUGGACAUCAGCGCCCCCAUCCCGUGGAGCCGGGCAGGGCCCUACUCAGAUCCUUCGGCGGGGAAAGAGGUCCCUUGGAGGGGUCUCUGGCUGGGAGGUUUCUCUGAGCAUUGCCCCCCAUCCUUGCUCACCCAUCAGGGUGAAGAGACACCUGUGCCCUGGUGAGCUGUGGAGGUCAAUGCCGGCAGCGGCGCGGGAAGCGGGGCGCCGCAGGCUGUGUGAGGGGUGGGGGACAGGAUGUGCACCCCCCAGGCCUGGGGUCUGUUGGUGUUGGGGAGUGUGAGAGCAGGCGGCAAAUUUGGCGGAUGGGCUGGGUUCCCACGACCAGAGUUUCUAGGCCUGUGGGCCAGGAGAGAGCCCUCUGGGGCCCGCAGGCCACCCAGUGCCCCACCCCCAUUGCUUCCCGCUGUGGCUGCCCGUUUGGGUCUGACCUCCCCAGCCACGGCUGCUCCUCACUCCUUCUCCCCGCUGGCUGUCUUGCACACCCAAAGGCCUCCCCCUGCAUCUGGACACUGGCUGUCUCGCUGCCAACGCUCCCUGCCCACUCCCCUAGGCAACAUCUGCCUGAGGCCCAGCUCUGCCUGCCGCUUUCUAGGGUGAGAAUGGGGCAUCGGCCCUCAGCGGCCCUGCUGGGAGCUCAAGAUCAACUUCUCAGCCUGUUCCCUGGACUUGCAUCUGGACCUGUGGGACCUUCCUCAGGACCCCUAUUCAGCUAUAGGGCUUGAAGGAGACUGUGACUCAGGUCCCUGCCCUCCAAUGAGGCGCUUUGGCGGCCCUUUCCCCCUCCCAGGACUCCAUAGGCUGCUAGGCUGCCGCUACCCAUGGGUUAUUAAGUCAUUUUCUUCUUCUCUGCAGUCAUUUCUGAGGGAAACUAAGGCACAGAGUAGUCCCAGUGAGUGGUACCCAGCCCAGUGAACCUAGACUGGAACCAGGUCUUGGACCUAUUGGGACUGGUCCUCUGCCUUUAGUCCCCUGAUGUCCCUCCUUGCCCAGCAGGGCCAGGCUCAGAGGCAAGCUCAGAGCUGCCUCCUGAUGUUGCACCUGGAAUGGUCCUGGUGCAGUGUUCUCCAGAGGCCUCUGUGUCCCUUAUUUGGUGGGUGUCUCUGUGGCCACCAGGUCUUACAGUGGGUUUUGGGGCAGGGAAGUUUGCAUGUCUAAGCUGUUCACUCCACUUUGACACUGAAGUUCAGUUUCCCCAUCAGUAAAAUGGGGAGAAAAUUCCAAGCACACUUCUCAGAGAGGAGAAUGAAGGUACAGUGCUAUUAUCCACCCCCUCCAGUUUGCUUAGGGAUAAUGGACCUCAGCUUUAGUCCUUGGUGGCCUCUUCGCAUGGAAGCUGGAACUUUCUCAAUUCUGAUAUAAAACCCUUGAGCAAGAGAGAAACUCAUGUGUGAUGGGGUAGGGAGUGGGGACCCUCUGGUAGCUGUGGGCAAGCAUGCCCAAGGACUUGGAAGACAGAAGCCUGUGGAACCCCAUCUCCUCUUUGCCUUCUUUCUCCUGGCCUUUCAUUAAGGGCUGGUAACUUUGAAGUUGGCAGGGGCCUGAGAGAAGGUGAGCUAAUGCAAGGCCCAGGGUCACUCAGCCAGGGAAUGGCAGGCAGAGGGGGCCAGAACCAGGCCUUCUCACUCUGCCAGUGCCCAUUCUGCUGGCCCACCCUCCACAGCUUGGCUCUCCCUGGCCUGCCCUCAGUUAGACUUGGGACUGAGGCCUCCAGUGGGGCGUGGGGUAUUGCUGGAAGCAGGGCCUGAAUAAAAUCUGGGGCUAGGGGGAGGGCAUCUGUCCUCCCGGAGGCUCCCAGGACUGUGCGUUUGUGUGUGUUGGAUUUGUUCACUAGAUGGGGCACUUCCUCUGGGGCAGGAAGCUUUGAUUUCCUGUGGUGAUGGUGAGGAGGGGUUGGUAAGGAUUAGGAGUGGGGGGCUCAGCUCUGGGCCAUCCUGGAUGUUGUUGUUUGGAACCACGGAGGGGCAGAGUUUCUGCUUAAGAGUGCUUCUCCCAGCUCUGGGGAGGCAGGAAGGAGAGCCUUGGUGAGGAGGCCCGGGCCAAGGCUGGAGAAGGAGGCUGUGAGAGCAGUGAGCUGGGGGUGGGCAACACAGCAGGAAGCCCGGUCAGCAGGUGACCCUGCCGGGUAUUGUGUUUCCUUGUAAUAUUUUCCCCCUGUUUCUGUGGUAACCUUCCCUGGAGGCCCCAGGCCUUAGGGCUACAGGAAGGUGCCCCCAGACAGCCCUUUCCUUAGAGGCCUGAGUAUUAGGAGGAGUCCCCAGAUCUAGCCACCUCCCCAACCCUUUUGGCUCCCUAGGAUCAGGGGCCUGGGAAUCUAGGCGAGUGGCCUGAGUGAGCAUGGACUCGCGGGCUGGGGGAGGGCCCUUUGGCGUCUUCUGGGGGGAAGGGAGAGGGAAAGAGGGGAGCUGGAUGCCCGGAAGGGCCCUGAGCAACUUGAGUCGCUGGCCUAGCCUCUUGUUUCCUCCCAACCCAUCCCCACUGCCCUCCUCCAGUCUCCCUCCUCCUACAAGGGAGAGGUGGGUAGCAUGCUGCCUGGGGCAAGGGGCAGGGGUGGGGGUGGCAGAGAUGGGAGGGAUGUUUUCAUCAGCAGAGCAUAGCUCCUUUGGUCCUGGACCAGUUCCCAGAGGCAAAAUAAAUUCAGGACAGCGUCUGUUUAGUGUGGGUCUGCAUGAGAUGUGUGUGAGCACACACUGGGUGCGUGGUGGGUAUCUGUGUGUGUACCCCUCCCCCCAGCCCCUGUGUAUGCUGAUGUGGUGGUUCCGGGCAAUUUGUGAUCUAUGUGGUGGUUCUGUGUUAGGUGUUUUGGGAAUAUGCACACAAAAAAGACAGAUGUGCAUCAUCUGUAUGGUGCACACCUUUGCAGGUUAUGGCCCUGUGUGGGGUAAACAUGUCCAUAUGUAUGGACAUGUUUUUUGGGGGUAUAUAUCUGGGCAGGAGUGGCUUUAUAAUAGAAGUCCAGAUGCUGGCUUGUAAAACACCAUCUCAUUUGGGAUUCUCAAAUGCGGGUUCCUGGACCAUUUGCUUCAGAGUCACCUGGGGAAUGUGUUAAAGAUAAAGAUCCUGGGCCGGGCGCGGUGACUUACGCCUGUAAUCCCAGCACUUUGGGAGGCCGAGGCAGGUGGAUCACCUGAGGUCAGGAGUUCAAGACCAGCCUGGCCAAUGUGGCGAAACCCUGUCUCUACUAAAAAUACAAAAAAUUAGCCAGGUGUGGCAUGCGCACCUGUAAUCCCAGCUACUCGGGAGGCUGAGGCAGGAGAAUUGCUUAAACCCGGGAGGCGGAGGUUGCGGUGAGCCAAGAUCACACCAUUGCACUCCAGCCUGGGUGACAGCAAGACUCUGUAAAAAAAAAAAAAAAAAAUCCUGGCUGGACGCGGUGGCUUUGGGAGGCUGAAACAGGCAGAUCACUUGAAGGCAGGAGUUCGAGACGAGCCUGGCUAACAGGGCGAAACCCCAUCUCUACUAAAAAUAGAAAUUUAGCCAGGCAUGGUGGCGCAGGCCUGUAGUCCCAGCUAUUUGGGAGGCUGAGGCAGAAGAAUUGCUUGAGCCCAGGAGGUGGAGGUUGCAGUGAGCCGAGAUUGCGCCACCUCACUCCAGCCUGGGCAAUAGAGUGAGACUGUCUCAAAAUUAAAAACAUUCAGAUCAUCAGGCCCAUUCCAGAUUGACUAGUCAGAAUCUGAGGGGUGGGGCCUGGGAAUCCAGAUUUUAACAGGUGCUUCAGGUGAUCCUGGGGCAAGGCUGUGUUUGAGGACCACUGCCCUGGGUCAACCUCUUCAUUUUUUCUUUUGAGGAAAUAGACCCACAGACGGUAUGUAGUUUCUCUAAGGUGACAGGGCCAUUAAGAGGAAUAACCAAGAGAAAACUCAAGGCUUCUAAGACCUGUCCAGGACUUUGUGCUCACCCAUGUACCCCCUGUGUGUGUGUGUGUGCAUGUGUGCUCAUAACUACACUUUGUGAUGACGUGGACCCGAUUGGGCUGGUGCUAAUUGGGGCUGAUCUUUCCUCUGGCGUCCUGGCUUUCUUGUUUUCUGACCUUGUUCUUCUUGCUACAUUCUGCUGCCUCCUUUUUGGAGAAAUCCUGGAACUGUUGAGUGUCAUCCCUAAAGGUCAAUGUUGACAACCAGGGAACCAUGUUGCUGAGCCAGUCACUCAGCAAUUCAUCCAUUCACUGGAUCCUAGCUGAGCCUUGCAAUGUUCCAGGCACUGGGUACAGAUAUGCAGUGAACACACAGGCACAACAUCUGACCUCAGGGAACUUCCACUCUCGUGGAGAAGACAAACAGAACAAGUAGGCAAGUAAAGGAAUGAGUAUGUGUGACUAGUUACACACUGUGAUAAGCCCUAAGAAGGAAAUGAACUGGGCAUGGCAAUAAAGAAUAUCAAGGUGGGACUUCCUUUGAUAGGGUGGCCAGGGGAGGACUGCCUAAGAAGGUGACAUUGAUGCCGUCUCCCACCUCCCCAGGUUGGAAGUGAGCCAUCAGAGCCUCUGGAGCUGUGCUUGUGAACUCCCUGGAUCCAGGUGGAGGCCCUGGGCUGACCAAUGGCUAAGGGUUGGAGCUGAAUUGGCCAGCCUCUCACUUGGCAUGGAAGAUAGCAGUCUCCUCCCCUUAAGCAGCCCCAAAGAUGGGACCCAGGUGAGCCCGGGUGCCCACUACUGCAGCCCCACUGGCGCAGGCUGCCCCAGGCCCUGUGCAGACACACCAGGCCCUCAGCCGCAGCCCAUGGACCUGCGGGUGGGCCAGCGGCCCCCAGUGGAGCCCCCACCAGAGCCCACAUUGCUGGCCCUGCAGCGUCCCCAGCGCCUGCACCACCACCUCUUCCUAGCAGGCCUGCAGCAGCAGCGCUCGGUGGAGCCCAUGAGGCUCUCCAUGGACACGCCGAUGCCCGAGUUGCAGGUGGGACCCCAGGAACAAGAGCUGCGGCAGCUUCUCCACAAGGACAAGAGCAAGCGAAGUGCUGUAGCCAGCAGCGUGGUCAAGCAGAAGCUAGCGGAGGUGAUUCUGAAAAAACAGCAGGCGGCCCUAGAAAGAACAGUCCAUCCCAACAGCCCCGGCAUUCCCUACAGAACCCUGGAGCCCCUGGAGACGGAAGGAGCCACCCGCUCCAUGCUCAGCAGCUUUUUGCCUCCUGUUCCCAGCCUGCCCAGUGACCCCCCAGAGCACUUCCCUCUGCGCAAGACAGUCUCUGAGCCCAACCUGAAGCUGCGCUAUAAGCCCAAGAAGUCCCUGGAGCGGAGGAAGAAUCCACUGCUCCGAAAGGAGAGUGCGCCCCCCAGCCUCCGGCGGCGGCCCGCAGAGACCCUCGGAGACUCCUCCCCAAGUAGUAGCAGCACGCCCGCAUCAGGGUGCAGCUCCCCCAAUGACAGCGAGCACGGCCCCAAUCCCGUCCUGGGCUCGGAGGCGCUCUUGGGCCAGCGGCUGCGGCUGCAGGAGACUUCUGUGGCCCCGUUCGCCUUGCCGACAGUGUCCUUGCUGCCCGCAAUCACUCUGGGGCUGCCCGCCCCUGCCAGGGCUGACGGUGACCGCAGGACCCAUCCGACUCUGGGCCCUCGGGGGCCAAUCCUGGGGAGCCCCCACACUCCCCUCUUCCUGCCCCAUGGCUUGGAGCCCGAGGCUGGGGGCACCUUGCCCUCUCGCCUGCAGCCCAUUCUCCUCCUGGACCCCUCAGGCUCUCAUGCCCCACUGCUGACUGUGCCCGGGCUUGGGCCCUUGCCCUUCCACUUUGCCCAGUCCUUAAUGACCACCGAGCGGCUCUCUGGGUCAGGCCUCCACUGGCCACUGAGCCGGACUCGCUCAGAGCCCCUGCCCCCCAGUGCCACCGCUCCCCCACCGCCGGGCCCCAUGCAGCCCCGCCUGGAGCAGCUCAAAACUCACGUCCAGGUGAUCAAGAGGUCAGCCAAGCCGAGUGAGAAGCCCCGGCUGCGGCAGAUACCCUCGGCUGAAGACCUGGAGACAGAUGGCGGGGGACCGGGCCAGGUGGUGGACGAUGGCCUGGAGCACAGGGAGCUGGGCCAUGGGCAGCCUGAGGCCAGAGGCCCUGCUCCUCUCCAGCAGCACCCUCAGGUGUUGCUCUGGGAACAGCAGCGACUGGCUGGGCGGCUCCCCCGGGGCAGCACCGGGGACACUGUGCUGCUUCCUCUGGCCCAGGGUGGGCACCGGCCUCUGUCCCGGGCUCAGUCUUCCCCAGCCGCACCUGCCUCACUGUCAGCCCCAGAGCCUGCCAGCCAGGCCCGAGUCCUCUCCAGCUCAGAGACCCCUGCCAGGACCCUGCCCUUCACCACAGGGCUGAUCUAUGACUCGGUCAUGCUGAAGCACCAGUGCUCCUGCGGUGACAACAGCAGGCACCCGGAGCAUGCCGGCCGCAUCCAGAGCAUCUGGUCCCGGCUGCAGGAGCGGGGGCUCCGGAGCCAGUGUGAGUGUCUCCGAGGCCGGAAGGCAUCCCUGGAAGAGCUGCAGUCGGUCCACUCUGAGCGGCACGUGCUCCUCUACGGCACCAACCCGCUCAGCCGCCUCAAACUGGACAACGGGAAGCUGGCAGGGCUCCUGGCACAGCGGAUGUUUGUGAUGCUGCCCUGUGGUGGGGUUGGGGUGGACACUGACACCAUCUGGAAUGAGCUGCAUUCCUCCAAUGCAGCCCGCUGGGCCGCUGGCAGUGUCACUGACCUCGCCUUCAAAGUGGCUUCUCGUGAGCUAAAGAAUGGUUUCGCUGUGGUGCGGCCCCCAGGACACCAUGCGGAUCAUUCAACAGCCAUGGGCUUCUGCUUCUUCAACUCAGUGGCCAUCGCCUGCCGGCAGCUGCAACAGCAGAGCAAGGCCAGCAAGAUCCUCAUUGUAGACUGGGACGUGCACCAUGGCAACGGCACCCAGCAAACCUUCUACCAAGACCCCAGUGUGCUCUACAUCUCUCUGCAUCGCCAUGACGACGGCAACUUCUUCCCGGGGAGUGGGGCUGUGGAUGAGGUAGGGGCUGGCAGCGGUGAGGGCUUCAAUGUCAAUGUGGCCUGGGCUGGAGGUCUGGACCCCCCCAUGGGGGAUCCUGAGUACCUGGCUGCUUUCAGGAUAGUCGUGAUGCCCAUCGCCCGAGAGUUCUCUCCAGACCUAGUCCUGGUGUCUGCUGGAUUUGAUGCUGCUGAGGGUCACCCAGCCCCACUGGGUGGCUACCAUGUUUCUGCCAAAUGUUUUGGAUACAUGACGCAGCAACUGAUGAACCUGGCAGGAGGCGCAGUGGUGCUGGCCUUGGAGGGUGGCCAUGACCUCACAGCCAUCUGUGACGCCUCUGAGGCCUGUGUGGCUGCUCUUCUGGGUAACAGGGUGGAUCCCCUUUCAGAAGAAGGCUGGAAACAGAAACCCAACCUCAAUGCCAUCCGCUCUCUGGAGGCCGUGAUCCGGGUGCACAGUAAAUACUGGGGCUGCAUGCAGCGCCUGGCCUCCUGUCCAGACUCCUGGGUGCCUAGAGUGCCAGGGGCUGACAAAGAAGAAGUGGAGGCAGUGACCGCACUGGCAUCCCUCUCUGUGGGCAUCCUGGCUGAAGACAGGCCCUCGGAGCAGCUGGUGGAGGAGGAAGAACCUAUGAAUCUCUAAGGCUCUGGAACCAUCUGCCCGCCCACCAUGCCCUUGGGACCUGGUUCUCUUCUAACCCCUGGCAAUAGCCCCCAUUCCUGGGUCUUUAGAGAUCCUGUGGGCAGGUAGUUGGAACCAGAGAACAGCCUGCCUGCUUUGACAGUUAUCCCAGGGAGCGUGAGAAAAUCCCUGGGUCUAGAAUGGGAACUGGAGAGGACCCUGAGAGGAGAUGGGCUGGGCGGCGACCCCCACAGGGCUCUCGAGAACAGAUUCUCCCCUCCAGUAUGGGCCCUGGCUGUGGCCCCCAUUCCUCAGGACUGCACAGAGGAGGACUGGCUCCGGCUCCGUCGGGCUCACCCUUAACCACUAUUCCUGGCUCUGCAAACCCCAGACUUUGCACACAGCCCCAGGCUCCACACAGAAAUGUGAACUUGGCCUCAGACAGGCUGGCCCUUCCUAGGCUCUAGGGGCUAGGGGGGAGUGGGGAGCCAAGAGGUCCCAUAUUCCUGAGUGCAGGGGGAGUCCCUCUCACCUGCUUCCUCAGACGACUCUGGAAGCUUCCCUCUACCACCGGGCACUGAGACGAAGCUCCCUGACAGCCGAGACUGGCAGCCCUCCAUCUGGUCCGUACCCUCGCCAGAGGCCCCCCUACAUCAACCUCCUGGCGAUGCCCUGGUGGAGCAGAUGGGUGCUCUGGGAGUCCUGUGCUUCCUGAUCCAAUGGUGCCAAACCCUUCAUCUCCCCCAGAAGCACAGCAUACCCCUGGGACCCCUCGGCCACUGCCCACUCGGGGAGCCUUCUCUGUUUCUGGGGCCUCCCCCACCAUAGCUCUGAUUCCCACCCCACAUAGGAAUAGCCUGACUGAGGGGGAAGGGGUGGGAGAGAAGAUACAGACAUGGAGGAGGGGAGGCUGCUCUGGCAAAGUCUUCAAGGCUUUUGGGGGUCCAGGCCUGGGGUCAAGAAGGAAAAUGUGUGUGAGCAUGUGUGUGAGUGAGGCGUGUGUGAGCGUGUAUGAGUGAGGCGUGUGUGUGUGUCUUUCCUAGGACCCACCAUACCCUGUGUAUGUAUGCAUGUUUUUGUAAAAAGGAACAAAAUGGAAAAAAAUCUGAACAAUAAAUGUUUUAUUUGCUUUAAAA